UCUUCGCCGAGCCUCGGAGAAGCGACCUGCGCGUGGACCCCGCGCUCGGCGGGCUGCUCUCCGGGGACUAGCGCAGCCCGCGCUCGCCGAGGCUUUGUCACUCGCCUCUAGCUUCAUCCGCGGCCGUGGCUGCGCGAGCCUCCGGGCUUGCUCUCCCCGCCCAGCUGUCCUGCCUCCAGCCCUUAGCUGGGGGCGUGGGGUACGCAGCUGGAGCCCGAGCUAACAGCCGCGGAGCAUCCUUCGCCCGUCCCGGCCGCGCCACCGCCCAUGCUGCAGCCAGUCCAGGGCGGCGACCCUGUGGCCGCAGCCCGCCGCUCGGUGACCCUGCGCCCCGCCCGAGCCUUCCCCGCUGAGCCCCGGGCCCGGGAGCGGGAUCCGCGCCCCGUGAUGGCUCGGCUGGCGCAGGUUGGCGCUGGGUGCCCGCCAUCCGCCCGCUGAGACGCGCCCGGCUGGGUACCGACGGGGCCUUGGCGCUCCCCGCUUCUCUUCCCCGCCGCGCCCUUCCCCCUUCUGGGGGCUCCGCCGCUCCUUCCCGGGGGCGAGGGCACAGGGGGCCGAGACAAAGCCCACUUUGUGCGGGGAGUUGGCUGCGGGCGUGGAAUGUGCGCGUUGGCGCGCGCCCCCUCCCCGCGCCCCGCCAGCUGCGAGUCUUGGCUCCCAGACUCCUCUCGUCGGAGAAAUCGCGCCCCCUCACCGCCCUCCGGUCCGGGGGUCCCGGCUCGGAGCUGACGCGGCCUGGAGUCGGGUCGGUCCCCCACCCCGGAGCACGCGCAGGUGUGAGAGUACGAUAUUUUGUAGUGGAAUUUGCUUGCCUUCAAAACUGGGAGCUGGGGUGCCCAGUCGGCGUGGGCACCCGUGCCUUGACCCUUUCGUGGCCGCAGAUCUGAGCUGCCUGGCCUCAGUUUCCGUCUGACUUUCCUCUGCCAGCCCAGACUGUUGUCCGUUAUUGUUCUCGCCGUCAAAUGGGGGUGCUUUGUGAAAGCUGCCAAGUUGGGAAGUAUUCUCUAGAUCCCGUUUUUCAUAAAGAACAAGGCCUCUAAGGCUCAUCCGGGACAACCAACCCCCUCUGCCCCGCACUUCAUGUUGAGGCACUGAUUUUUUCCCCCCCCAUCAAGUAGUAUUUUAUUGUACGGGAGCCACGCCCUGGUUUCUUAAAGGCGCCUUGCACUCUGUUUGGCCAUGUGUUAUCUCUGCAGCUGGUGUGUGGGAGGCCUCCUGUGAGCCACCUUUCUUACCCCUGUCCGCUGAGACAUCCUCCCACCCCCGUCAAGGAUUUGGGGAUGCCAGGGGGGAAGAAGGUGGUCGGGGGCAGCAGCAGCGGUGCUGCCCCCACUGCCGCUGCUGUCCCCUCUGGGGCCAGGCGUUUGGAGACCAGCGAAGGAGCCUCAGCCCAGAGAGAUGAUGAGCCAGAAGAAGAAGGGGAAGAGGACCUGCGAGAUGGAGGCAUCCCCUUCUUUAUCAACCGGGGUGGGCUGCCUGUGGACGAGGCCACCUGGGAGAGGAUGUGGAAGCACGUGGCUAAGAUCCACCCCGAUGGAGAGAAGGUGGCUCAGCGGAUCCGUGGGGCCAUGGACCUGCCCAAGAUUCCCAUACCGAGUGUGCCUACGUUCCAGCCCUCUACUCCUGUCCCUGAGCGCCUGGAAGCCGUGCAGCGCUACAUCAGGGAGCUGCAGUAUCCUCCCUGGUCAGGGUCAUGGCCACCGUCCGGCUGGUCCAAAGGCCAAGUGGGGCUUGUUUUCGGACAGGGCCAGAGAGGGCUCGGCAGAACAGCCUCACUCCACAACUCCAGGGGCGCCAUUCCCGUGGCAUCUCUGUGCCCCGGAGUCGUGCUGAUGGACCUGGCCAAGGAAAUGACCAAAGAGGCUCUGCCAAUCAAAUGCCUGGAAGCCGUGAUCCUGGGAAUUUACCUCACCAACAGCAUGCCUACCCUGGAACGCUUCCCCAUCAGCUUCAAGACCUACUUCUCAGGGAACUACUUCCGCCACAUCGUGCUGGGGGUGAACUUCGGCGGCCGCUACGGGGCGCUGGGCAUGAGCCGGCGCGAGGACCUGAUGUACAAGCCGCCGGCCUUCCGCACCCUCAGCGAGCUCGUGCUGGACUACGAGGCCGCCUACGGCCGCUGCUGGCACGUGUUAAAGAAGGUGAAGCUGGGCCAGUGCGUGUCCCACGACCCGCACAGCGUGGAGCAGAUCGAGUGGAAGCACUCGGUCCUGGACGUGGAGAGGCUGGGCCGCGAGGACUUCCGCAAGGAGCUGGAGCGGCACGCCCGCGACAUGCGGCUCAAGAUUGGCAAAGGGACCGGCCCUCCCUCCCCCACCAAGGACCGCAAGAAGGAUGUGUCCUCCCCACAGCGGGGCCAGUCUAGCCCCCACCGCAGGAACAGCCGCAGUGAAAGGCGGCCUUCUGGUGAGAAGAAGCCUUCGGAGCCCAAAGCCAUGCCAGACCUCAAUGGGUACCAGAUCCGGGUGUGAGGCAGGCGGCAGUGCCCCAGCCGCACCCACUUCUGGGGGCCGGCAUCUACCUGCCAGAACCGGCCUCGCUCCUGGGGAAGUUGGGGCUGAUGGUGGGCCAGGGUGAGGGGCAGCGGGAAGAGCGUGUCCCAGCUCAGCCACCCAAGAUGCUGCCCCUCCCGCUGGGCCAAGCCCCCUCACUUUGGACCACGAGGCAGUGAAGAGUUUAAUUCUGAGUUUUUAACUCAACAACUGAAAUUUAAGGUAUUUGGGAAAAAACUUAAAACUAAUGGAUCUGCCAGUGGCUGGAAGGCCAGUGCUUAGAGGAUCUAAGCGCCACAGGGCUGGGUGAGGAGGGGUUGCUGGCUCUGCUGGUACCCCUGCCCCAAGGUCUCUCUGGGAUUUGGGUCCAUUCCAUCUAUGGGAAACCUCCCAGCUCUGCUAGGCCUGUGGCAGGAUGGAGGGAGGGGUGUUUCUCCAGUCCUGUCUGCCCUGGCAGAUCUUCACCCAGGGAAAGGAAAGCAGGGUAGGAACCACCCUGAGAAAGGGCUGUAUGGCCCACAUCAGGAGCUUAGCACAGGCCACAUCUGCCCCGAGAGCCAGAGCCCGUGGCUCAGAGGGUCCUCGGGCCCUUGCAGCCCCAUGGACAGUGUUUUGUGGGCUGACAUUGCCUCGUGGCAGGGCCCGUGCUGGGAUGGGCUGGACGAGAGCCCAGGAGAGAACCACUGGGGGAAGGGUUCCCGGACCCCUACCUGGCCUCCUUGCUCAGCCCAGCUCUGCCUGUUGCUGAAGCCGGGGCCUCCCUGCAGAGGGGCUGGGCUGUGCCAAGGGCCCAGAUAUGCACUGGGCUCAGCAUGACUGUGGGGACUGAAUAGACCUGGUGGGUCCAGGAACCGUGGCUGGGGAUGGGGUGGGCCACUCAGGCCUAGGUCUGUCCCCCUGGUAGGUAGUCCCCAGGGACUGCUCCCCCUUCCUGUUACCUUAGCCCUUGCUGGGGAAAUGAAGACCAGAUCAGGCUGCCUGUGUCCCAGCCCUACCUCCCCUCAUUCAGCAGCCUGGGUAGGUGUGGAGGGCCCAGUGAUGAUCAGGCCUGUUGUGUGAGGCAGCUCAUCAGGGAAGAAGCUGAGCUGCUGGCGUCUGCACAGCCUGCCUGGCAGGUGUGAGAUACCUGGCGGGCAGGUGAGAGGUUGUGGAGAGAGGUUGGAGGGCCUGCGGGAAGGUUCUGGAGGCCCAAGUAACAAAGAGGUGUAGGUCAAGGGGGCAGUGCGGCCACUGAGGAGAGGCAGGGCCCGAGAACUGGGGAAUGUAAGUGAGAAAAGAAUGUGGGGGAGAGUUUAGAAUCAGGCGGCUUUGGGGAGUAGUGAGUUCCCUAUUGCUGGAGGUAUUCAAGCAAAGACUAGAUGGCUGCUUGUCAUCUUGAAAGCUAUAGAAAGGAUUUAGGUUACGGAAGGAUAACUGGAUGAGAUGACCAUUAAGGUUUCUUAAUACUGAGAGGCUAGGAUUCAGCCAGGGGCAGCUGGCAGUAAGGCUGCAGCGGGGCUGGGGGCCUGGAAGAGGGAGGACCAGAGCCAGAGUUGUAAACUCAAAUGCCUGCGGGGCCAGGCAGAUGACUAAAAGGAGGGCUGCAGGGCUGGGUGGGGAUUGUGGCCAAUUAAUGAAGACAUACCCCAUUAAAGCAGCCGCUGUUGCUCAGCCAUUCUGAGCGCAGGCCCUGCAGUAUCAGAUUGCCUGAUUUUUUUUGUUGUUGAGAGGCCAGAACUCUGAAUUUUUAUGUGAAAUAUGCUGAUUUUUAAAUGUUGGCAGUCAGUUCAGAAAAUUGUAAAGCCCAACGUGAAAAAGAAUGCUGGUUUGUAAUCUCUGAAGUAGAGAGGGCUUGGGCUGGGGAGAGGUCCACCAAGGUACUUUGAGGUGGAAAGCGUGAAAAGUUGUAGGCCUCUCAGAGCAGGCCGGGCCAGGGCAGCGUCCUCGCUGCUGACGCUGCUCAGAGUGGGCAGCUACCCCACGUUCAUGUUCGCUCUCCCUGCAGACCAGAGACAUACCAGGAACUCCCUGUGGUUGCUGAGACACCAGAGGGGGUGGAGUGGAAUUGAAAUAGUGCAAUUCUCAGCCUGCCAGGGAGAUGGAUUGUGCCUGAGAAGCAAAGAAAGGGAGAGAGGGAGACAGGAUGUGUUUGCUGACGCAAGUGCCCGCCAGGGAAGGCACCAGGCUGGCAGCUCUUAACACCAGCAGCUCUUGGCCCAGAGCCAGGCCCAACAGGGAAGCCGGCUGCUCAGUCCCCUGGGUUUCUCAUGGGUCACUGGGCCCUGGGGAGGUGCCUAACCUGUCCCCCGGACUACACCCCAGCCAGACCAAUCCGAGGGCCACUGUGAGCUCUAACUCACCAUCCCAUCCCAUCCCAGUUUUCAGGGAGAGGGGUGGUGGGUCCCCACGUUCACACAUUCGCCUGAGGCAGAGAUGGAUCCGUUUGGGAGGUGUGAGGCUGAAAGUGAGGACUUUUGUGGGUCUGGAUGUGGGUGCCUCGUGCAGGCUGCUCAUCGGCAGACACCCCAGAUGCCCCUGUGGACCACAGGGCUUGAGGGUGAGAUGUGAGGGAGCCGCUCCUGGUAAGGGAGCCCAGCAGGGUGCUCUGACCCUCUGGCUCCUUCCUGAGCCCUUUGGGGAGAAGGAAGCAGGACGAAGCCCCAACCCCUACUGCUGUCUUCCAGGGAGGGAGCCGACCACCCACAGCUGAUAACCCCCUAGCACUCCCCCUUCCUCGCUCAGACCUCGGGCCUGUGGACACCCACAGGAUACAGCGGUGCUUUUUAAUUUAACUGUUUCACAGAUGUAGCAACCCCUCCUCCCCUCCUGGGCGUGUUUACACAGGCUCUGCUCCCCAGGGCUGGCCUGGCUGCAGAGUUUCUGGGGAGGCAGAGGCAGGGACUUCAGGGCCUUAGUCACCAUCCUCAGUAUCACCUCAUCUCAAUUCCUGUGAGGGACCAGGCCUCGCUCCUCCCGACUCAGGACUGCCUUCCAGCUCUCAGCGUGGGUUCCUCAGGGGUAGGGGCUGCUGGCUGGGGAGGGGUCAAGGGAAGGGCAGAGAAAGCUGCUUGAUGAAGGGGGCUCGGCAAGGGCGGGCAGUGAUUGCUCCCCAAGGGCUGGCUGCUCGUGCUCUGUGCUGGGUGCCGGGUCAGAACACUGGGACACUGGGUUUCAAGCCUUCCCACCCACCUACCUGCCAGUCCUCUCCCUCCCGUGGCCUCAGUACGGUCAUGGUCCCCUCGCCCAUCUCGCCAGCCAACCCAUCCUUCCUGGGCGUGGCCAAGUGGGGAGAGCGGCGCCCCCGGCCCCCAGGUGCCAUGAUGAAGCCUAGGGCCAAGGUUCUGAGCAGCAGAAAGAGCCUGGAGGUUGGCCGUAUCUGGUUUCUGGCCCACUCUGUCAUCUUAUGCCCCCCGCUUAUGCCCCCAUCUUAUGCCAACGCUGCCAGCUCGGACUGGACUUCCCGGCCCAGGGACGGGGUCUAAUUCUGGCUGGUGGCACCCAGAGGCCUGUGUGCCUGUGCGUGCCCCGGUCUCCUGCCGGGGUGGUUCCCAGCUUAGCUACAGUGGCUUCCCCAGGCACCGCCCCCCGGCCUCUGAGUAUAGGGAGGUGUGGGCUGGGCCCAGCGUGUCGACCGCGUUGUGCGCCAGAAGUGGGCUGUGUUGAAAUCCCCACUUCCCUUGCCCCACUGAGAAACCAGUGGGGAGGGCAGGGAGAUCCUCUGGGGGAGCUGGGGUGGGAGGUGAGGUCUGCCCCCAGCCAGGCAGGGCUGCUGCGGUGCUAGCUCCAAGUCCAUCAGUAUUGACCCGCUCGCCCCAUCUUGGUGCUCCAGAGUCCCAAGUUCCCCUUUUUCUUCAAGUCUGAUGAGAGAAGAAAUCGGGUGCGCUUGGCCUGGGGCCUAGUGAUGGUGCACGGCCCCUCCCUCGAGCUCUGUGUUGGCUGCCAUGUUGUACUGGACUUUGUUCCCCCUCUUCUCAUAUCAGUGUUGGCCGUCCCCCUUUGACUUUUACACUUCGUCUCAUUCCUGUUCUCACUUUUUCCUUGAAAUGAAUAAAGUCUCCCCAGCUCAGCUCUGUGGGCUGGGAGGAAGCCCCA